AUGCACCAACUAGUCCUACUAGCCCUAUUACUUGUUCCAGUAUCAGCAUUUCUUUUCCCAGCGGCCAGUGGUGGUGGCUGUGGCUGUUGUCCUCAAAGUUGUGCCCCAGCCGCUCAGCCUUGUUGUGGUGGAGGAGCGAGAGCUUAUCAUGAUAAAACUGUUAAGCCUUCUGAAGCUGAUGAACUUGAACUUGUAAGUGAAGAGAAGCAUGUUUAAGGUUGAGGGUUGAUAUUUAGGUGUAUGAACAUUUAGGCUUAAAAGUCAAUUUUGGCCUUAAAAUUAAUUUAUUGGCUUAAAAAUUAAUUUUAGGUUUACAAAUAAAAUUUAAGGAUUAAGAAGAAAACGUUAGGCUUUUUAAUAAUAUUUUAGUUUUAGGAAGCUUGGCCUUAAAAUUAAUUUAUUGGCUUAAAAAUGACCUUUCAGUCUUAAAAAUUAAUUUUAGGCUUAUAAAUAAAGUUUGAAGCUUAAAACGAAGUUCUAGGCUUAAAAAUGAAGUUAUAGCUUAAAAAUUCAAUCUUAGGUUUAAGAAUUUUUAAUUUUUUAAAUUUUCAUUUUAUCUUGUUUUAGCGUGCCCGCCUAACCGGACUACCCCUCGACCAGCAGCCGGUAACAGUUCAAGGCUCCAAAACCCCAUCGCAAGGUUUGGCCGUUUUCGAGCAAUUGGCCGAAGCCGAAGAGAAUAAGCCAAGGACAAAGCGAGCAGACCCAUUUUCAAAGGAAGUUGGCGUGGAUGGAAGUGUUAAGGACGACAGUCUGGUACGAGUGGAUCAAAGCACUGUGGCUCCAGUUUUCGAAAACGAAGCAGUAGCUGUCAUCGACGAUGACAUCAAGUGUAACAGUCAGGUGCUGAAGAAGUUGAUGUUGGAGGUGAGUGGUGCUUGAAGGUUGAUACGUUUAAACUAAAAACGCGGUCUGCGGGGUACAAGUUAUACGUCGGGGCACAUUUUUUGCUAUUUCAUGUUUUGUAAAGAAAGUUCUUGCCAUUUUAAGAUUUUUAAAGAAAGUUCUUGCCAUUUUAUGUUUUGUAAAGAAAGUUCUUGCUGUUUUAUAGUUUGUAAAGAAACUUCUUACCAUUUUGUGUUUUUUAAAGAAUGUUCUUGCGAUUUUAUAGUUUGUAAAGAAAGUUCUUGCCAUUUUAAGAUUUGUAAAGAAAGUUCUUGCUAUUUUAAGAUUUGUAAAGAAAGUUCUUGCUACUUUUUGUUUUGUAAAGAAAGUUUUUUCCCGUUUUCUAGAAAAAAGAUUUAAAGGUAGUACUAUCUGAAUCAUAGGUACUGACAACAUACACUGUUUACCUUGUUUAGUACUAAUAGUACUGUAAUUCCAGGAAAUGACAGACAACUCUUCCAUCUCAAAGCGGCGUAUCAACAAAGAGGCCGAGAAAGUGUUUGGCGGCCGUAUCGACGUCGUGUGCUCACGAGGUCACUUUAGCUAUGUGUACUCGAGUUCACUGUUCUGUGAAGCCACCAAAGGAGAAGUUACUUGUAUUGCCUUCAGACAAUCACAUUAA